AUGGCAUAUACUGCAACUGGACAGCCACAGCCUUCACACGAAGACCUCCCAGAAUCAGUGUUCAAGAAGAGCUACAACUUCCCACCUUUCUUCAGCCCGCAGCCCACCUCUCUGACCCGGCAAGCUCAACUGAAAAAAUGGUCCGAGUUCAUCCAGCGCUAUUGCCGCCACUACCGUCUUUUCCAGCUGUCUAUCAUUGAUACCCUUCAGAGUCCUCUGUUCUACAACGCGAGGCUUAAAAAGGGUCUGAGUCUGAAAGAUGCCAAGGCUGUGAUAGAGUAUAUGGCCAGCAAGGACGGUGACGAGAGGGCCGAAUGGCGCGGGCCCGAGAAGGCUGUUGCCUGGAUUUGGUGGCGGAAACCCGAGGAAUGGGCGACCCUGAUUGUUAACUGGGUUGAAGAGACCGGUCAGAAAGGCACGGUUUUGACGCUCUAUGAGUUGGUCCAGGGCGAAACGACAGAGAAGCAGGAGUUCUAUGGCCUAGACACGGAAGUGCUGCAGAAGAGCCUUAACACGCUGGUAAAGAAGGGAAAGGCGCAGGUUUUCGGAACAGAGGAUCAGCAAGGUGUCAAAUUCUUCUGA